CGUCAGACUCAGACGGAUGUCCAGAUGCAAUCAUCGACUUCAAUUGUUUUUUCAUUCAAAAAAUUUCGAAUCUGCAUUUAAUUUAAGCAUUUGAUCUUAGAAAUACAAGACACCGGAGCGAAUCGGCGGAGUCCGAUAAUGAAGCCGUUAGGAUGGUGGUUGAUGCUGCUCGGUUCACUUCGAUUGGCCUCUGUUUGGUUCGGGUUCUUCGACAUUUGGGCUCUCAGGCGCGCCGUCUUCUCCCAGACAACUAUGACUGACGUCCAUGGGAGGACAUUUGGAGUUUGGACACUUCUGACUUGUACUCUUUGCUUUCUUUGUGCAUUUAACCUUGAUAACAAGCCCCUUUAUCUGGCAACCUUUUUAUCAUUCAUCUAUGCCUUUGGGCAUUUCUUAACUGAAUACCUUGUAUACAACACGAUGGCUUUGGCAAAUCUGACUACCGUGGGCAUCUUUGCGGGCACAUCAAUAGUUUGGAUGCUGUUGCAGUGGAAGGUUCACCAAAAAGUCCACUCUAAGCAUUCUUGAAAAUGAUUAAUAUGGUUCCGGUGCUCCAUCCAUUUUCACUGUUAUCAUGUUUUGCAGUUCUAUGUUCUUUUGGCAGGCUGAAAUCUAGAUGGCAUUGCUCGAAGUGAUAGAGCCCUUGAACUCGCCCCUCUCUCUCUCUCUCUCACACACACAACUUUUUAGGUUCACUCUUUCCAUUUGAAAAUCCUAUCACGGAACUGCUAAAUUGUUGGUGCAUUUUGGUGAAUGGCACAGGUUUCAUUUGUUUUUUGGUGGAGUACACAGUUCUCUGCUUGGAGUGAAUUGUCACGGCCUCUGCAACCGCAUGGCUCUUGUGCAAACCAGAGUCGCAAUGCCAAAACAUUGGAAAACAGAACUUACCCAUCACAAAUAGCUAAGCUUUUAAUCGUUCACAUUCUUUUAAGAACCCACAAUCAGGAUAGAAGUCCAGUCCAUUCUAGUGUAGCUGCCUAUGAAAUGAAGACACAGAGAAGCCGAUGACAUUAUAUGUGAGAGACGUUGAGACAGUGGAGGCCCAUGGCUCCCAUAUCUGUCUAAACAAUCCUAUGUUACUAUGUUCAUUGAUUUCUAACUUUUGUGUCAAUAUGGCCCACCUUAACCAACCCGUCUAAAAUCCACAUUCACACAACUAGGUUAGUUUAUCCCCAAACAAAAAAAUUUUUCCCCCGCAAGACUAGGCCGAUCUAUGAGCCAUUCAUACAACGGUAUUUCAAAAAAAAAAA